AUGGUGACAUUAGUGAUGUCGUCGCACUGCCCUGGGAGCACACCUCCGAGGCCCAUUUUUGUGCCUUCCUGCCCUGCCGGCCAGGGUCCUGCCUACCUUGGAACUCUGGUGGGAGAGCCGCCGGCUCAAGUACUCAUGAGUUCCAGCGAUGAAGAAGUCACCAGGUUACGACACGAGGAACCUCACGAGGGGUCCCACUUCGCAAACGCCGACUGUCUCGCCAAGAAAGAUCUCCUGACAGAAGAUGACAUCUACUGCUGCUCCCUCUCCAAGACGCUGUGCCACACCUCCACCCCGGUCACUGUGGGCUUCUACUCGCCCUGCGGAACCCGUCUCCACUCACUCCUGGAAAACAUCGCAGGAUGUAUGCACAAAGAAUCCUGCCGGAGGGAAGAAAAUGAAUACCGGAGAACGCACCAGAAGCCACGCCGACCAGAAGGAUUGAACUACCUCACUCUCCUGUGGUACCUGGUCUUCUAUGAGCCGGUCAUCACGGAGGUCCACCUCAGAAGGAAGAACAUCGACUUCCUUUUCAUACGGUUCAGUGCCUGGCAGUACGCUGGAAGCGACAAGCUGUGGGCUGGGCUGGUCACCACCCUCUGUGAUCACAUCCGUCAGCAUUUUGGGCCUCUGCCUCUGAGCUUCUACCAUGUUGUGGGGACCAGGCCGCGAUUUGCCUCUGGGUUCAGCCAGAAUGAGUGGAGGCUUAAAAAGAAAGUCGCCUUGGCCGCUGGAGGACUCGUGGUCAUCUUGCUAGCAGGGGCGAGCCUGGCUACAGUUGUCUUAUUUGUGCCAGGGAUAAGGGAUGGGAGCACCCUGAAAGUCAUUAGCAGUGUCUUUGCUGCCAUUUCUGGCUCGGGGGUCGUCCUGGCUGUUGCCCCAGUCAUUAAGCACCUGAUUAUCACUCAGAAGAAAAAGAUAGAGAGCAUGACCAACAACCAGAAAUUCACCAGUCACCUGGGCUUCAUGAGUGCAGUAAAAAGAGAGAUCGAACUUCUCACCAGCUUUAUCUAUUACAUGGAGAUAUUUGAGAGGCAGCGGCUGAGGAUUGUCUUUGAGAUUACCAGCUUGGACAUGUGCUACCCGGAACGGGUGGUCGGGGUGCUGAAUGCCAUCAACACGUUGCUUUCAGACACUAACGCGCCGUUCAUUUUCAUUCUGGUGGUAGACCCCUGCAUCAUCACCUCCUGUUUAGAGCAAGCGGGCAGCAUGAAGGGCAUGGCUGACAACGGCUACCUGUACCUCAACCGCACCGUGUCGCUACCUUUCUCCAUCCCAGAAAUUGGCACCAGGUCAAAGAUGCGGUUUUUGCACGAGACCUUCCAAAACCGGGAAGACCUGAUGUACAGGAUCAUCACAAGGAACGUGGAACAGGGAGUCCGAAAGUCCAAAGGGAAGGACGCUGCCCUGGCAGACCUGGAAGCCUCUGUGGAAAUGGACCAGCACCAGAUCGACGCCCAGGCCGUCCAGUACAUCCACGAAGCUUUCCACUGCUUGCACGACGAACUCGACUGCCUUUACAGAUACAUCCCAGACAGCAUUAUCCAGAUGAAGAGGAUCGUCAACACCAUCCCCAUCACGCUCCGGCUCAUGACGCAGCAGCACAGUCUCCGGCACAGCAUCUGCCCCCGGUCAGUGGCAGGCUGGGUAGUCUUGGCCAACCAGUGGCCAUGCCGCUUGAGUUGGGUGCUGCAGUGCAUGCAAGACAACCAGCAGUGCCAGCCACCCAGUGACUUUGACCAGCGGCCACUGUGGGAGGUCUUCGUGGACAACUGCAAAGAGCUUUUUUCCAUGAACAAGGAACUCAAGAGCAUCAUGGCCUUGGAUGGCGACCCAGAACUCUUUCAGAAGUUCUUGUCCCAGGACUUCCCCUUCACUGUACAGGAUGGGGCGAAGUACCUGAAAUACACAGUCAACUUGGACCAUUCCAUGAGACAUCAGAUGGGGCAGAUACGAGCGCUCGCUACACUGGACAAGAUCUACAAGAAAAAGGAAGCCAACCCGGACAAAACGGAUUAG